AUGGCAAAGCCCGCCAACGUUACAGGCGCAGACUUUGAGUUUGUCAAAACUCCCGCCUACCCCAAGCCCGACUUUGACAAGCUCGAGGACUGCGGUGUUCCCACUACCAGGUUCCCCGCCAUCAAGAAUGCUCCUCUUCCCGCCGACGGCUCUGGCGCCGACACCUUCAACAACUAUGUCCUGAUCUCCAUCCUCACCAUUGUGCCCUGGUACAUGAGUUGGAAGGUCGGUGGUGGCUUCAAGACCACCAUCUUCUUCGCUCUCAUCGUUGACCUUCCCCUCCUCGCCGUCUGGUGGUUGGUCAUCUCCUCCAUCAGCCCCCGCAAGACUGAGAAGGUCCGUCUGCCUGGUCGCCCUGUCGAGUUCUACCUCGACUUCAAGAAGGAGUCGGACCGCCUCAAGUACCGCGGCCACAACAAGAUCCCCAUGGAGACCUUCCACGAGAUGUACUUUGACGGGGAGGUCGACUUCAAGGGUGACUGCCUCGAGGUCAUGGAAUACCGCCAUGACUGGGCCAGCUUCCGCUUCACCAUUGGCCUCAUCAAGUUCUUCCUCUUUGGCAUGAUCCCCGAGGUCAUCAUGCACACUCGUUCCCAGGACGAGGAGCAGGUCCGUGACCACUAUGACCGUGGUGAUGACUUCUACGGUUGGUUCCUUGGCCCUCGCAUGAUCUACACCUCUGGUAUCAUUUCCAACAUCAACCGCGAGGAGACUCUUGAGGAGCUCCAGGACAACAAGCUCACCGUCGUCUGCGAGAAGAUCGGCCUGGAAGAGGGCGACAGCAUGCUCGACAUUGGCUGCGGCUGGGGUACCCUUGCCCGCUUUGCCAGUGAGCAGUACGGUGCUCGCGUCACCGGUGUUACUCUUGGCCGCAACCAGACCGCUUGGGGCAACAGCGCUAUGCGCAAGGUUGGCAUUCCUGAGGAGCAGAGCAAGAUUCUCUGCAUGGACUACCGUGAUAUUCCCGUUCCCGAGGGUGGCUACAAGAAGAUUACCUCGCUCGAGAUGUCCGAGCACGUUGGUAUCCGUCACUUCUCCGGCUUCCUUACUCAGGUCUACAACAUGCUUGACGACGAUGGUGUCUUCUUCCUUCAGUACGCUGGUCUCCGCAAGGCUUGGCAGUAUGAGGAUUUCACCUGGGGUCUGUUCAUGAACAAGUACAUCUUCCCUGGUGCCGAUGCUUCCACCCCUCUGGGCUGGGUCGUCGACAAGCUUGAGGGCACUGGCUUUGAGAUCAAGCACAUCGACACCAUCGGUGUCCACUACUCCGCUACCCUCUGGAGGUGGUACCGCAACUGGAUGAGCAACCGUGAGAAGGUUGAGGCCAAGUACGGCAAGCGAUGGUUCCGCAUCUGGGAGUACUUCCUUGCCUACUCCACCAUCAUCUCUCGCCAGGGCAGUGCUACUUGCUUCCAGAUCACUCUGGUCAAGAACAUCAACUCGACACACCGAAUUGAGGGUGUCCCCACCCAGUUCGCCCUGUCGGAUGCUCUCAACAACAGCCGGGCCGACAUUGAGGCCUGGGCCGCCAAGAACAACGUCAAGACUCCUGCUGAGUACCUGUAA